GACUUUCUUCUCUCUCUCUCUCUCUGCCGUCUUCUGUUGGAUUUCUUGGUUCUCCUUUUCAAGGCGGCGGCGGCGACGGAGGAGGUAAAGGCUCGAUCUUGCACCGUCAUGCGAUGCAGAGCUAUCGUCUCUCCUGAAGGGUAGUUUCUCCAAGGGACAAGCACUCUGUGUUUCGAUGCCGCUCGCAUCCUAGGGGAGCAAAAUUCGCCCUUUGCUUGUUCCAUUUUCGAGCUUUCUUGCCUCGCCUCUUCCGGUUCAUCGGCGGACUUAAGUGGGCUGGAACCAAAAUAAGGUUACAUUGAUCAAAUUCCCACAAAGAUGUCAAUGCUGGUUUCGAGCACUAUCUCCUCCAUCCCUCAACUACCAAUAGUUAGAGCAGACGCUUGGUUGCAAGAUCGAACUAAACACUUGCCCUCAGAGCUCCGUGUGCAAUCUCAACAUGUAUACGCUCAAAGGGGAAAAGUAAAGCUCAUUGCUUCAAGUCCAGCUGGAGUGGGAUUACAACUAGAGCCCAUUGAUAGGAGAUUUGCCAAGGCUUCAGUUGGAAGGAGAUCCGCUUCAGCCAUCUGUUUUGCAGCUUUGAAUGCUAGAUGUGCUGAAGGGCAAACCCAGACUAUCACCCACAAAGCACCGACAAUUACUCAAGCACCUACUCAUGUCCAAGAGAAGUCGCCACAGCUUGAAGAUGGCGGUUCAGGCUUCCCACCCCGUGAUGACGGCGAUGGUGGGGGUGGUGGGGGCGGCGGUGGCGGGAACUGGUCAGGUGGGUUUGCCUUUUUCGGCUUCCUCGCUUUCCUGGGCUUCUUAAAGGACAAAGAAAGCGAAGGCGACUACAGAGAUAGCAGGAGAAGAUGAAUCUGAGCAUGAGAUGAGAGAAGUUGGAUGACCUCAAUAGAAGUCCGGCUUAUCCUAUUCUUUUCUUUUUCCCUGCGUGUUGUUUAGCAUUUGUAGGCUCGAUUUUUGUCAUCGCGCCGACCACAAUACUGUCUCCUAAAUGACGCAGUGAGUUGGUUUCUAGAGGGAUUUGUCACAAGGGUAUCGUUAGCAAGUGUCCCGAGAAUAAUAGUGAAAGACCCAAAAAAGUAUACCACCACAUUUUGAAAAUUGAAGCAC